GGAUGAAGGUAGCCAGAAAUAUGCAAGUGUUAGCCUUAGCCUUAGCUUUAGUGAUGCUAAGAGCCUCCGCCGAACAGUGCGGAAGGCAAGCCGGCGGAGCUCUAUGCCCCAAUGGCCUCUGCUGCAGCCAAUACGGCUGGUGCGGCACCACCAACGAUUACUGCUCAAACAACUGCCAAAGCCAAUGCAAGCCCAGCGGCGGCCCUACCCCCAAACCCAACCCUACGCCGUCUACCGGCGGCGGCGAUGUCGCCAGCAUCAUCACCUCUUCCCUGUUCGAGCAGAUGCUGAAACACAGAAACGACGCCGCGUGCCAGGGGAAGGGCUUCUACAGCUACAACGCGUUCAUAACGGCGGCCAGGUCGUUUCCGGGGUUCGGGACCACCGGUGAUGAUGCCACCCGCAAGAGGGAACUCGCCGCUUUCUUCGGCCAGACGUCGCACGAGACGACCGGAGGAUGGGACACCGCACCCGAUGGUCGUUAUGCCUGGGGCUACUGCUUUGUCAGGGAGGGCUCCAACACUGCCAGCUCGGGAUAUUACGGACGUGGACCCAUUCAACUCACACAUGACUACAACUACCAGCAGGCCGGAAGGGCGAUAGGGGUGGACCUGGUGAGGAACCCAGAUCUGGUGGCCACGGACGCGGUGAUAUCUUUCAAGACGGCCAUAUGGUUCUGGAUGACGGCCCAAAGCAACAAGCCCUCCAGCCACGACGUGAUCAUCAACAGGUGGACGCCUUCCGCGGCUGACACGUCGGCAGGAAGGGUGCCCGGUUACGGUGUGAUCACCAACAUCAUAAACGGUGGGCUGGAAUGCGGGCACGGCCAAGAUCCCAGGGUGGCAGACAGGAUAGGGUUUUACAAGAGGUACUGUGAUAUUAUGGGACUCGGCUACGGCGGCAACUUGGACUGCUACAACCAAAGGCCUUUUGCCUGAUUAUUGCUUCUUCCUAAUAAUGAAGAGGGCUUUGUUCUCUCUUUAGCUCCUCACUUCUCACAAACUUUCUCCGUCUCAUCUGCUUUCAUAAAUCCAUGUACAACUACAAAUUGUACUAUAUGAAAUAAAUUGCUGCGAGCGUGAUGAAUAUUAUUAUAUAUCUGAUCAAUCACAAUCUCAA